GUGGAGCUCCCACGGACACGCUGUGUCCCUUUCAGACGUCUUCGGGACGAGGAGACAUCGCCAGCAGCGUCAUCGGGGAGACGCUGCGUCCUGAUCCACGGGCCGUGACGCGCCGCGGACAUCGUGACAGCCGCCGCUAUCGUCUGUGGAUCGCGUUUGAUUAUUUUUAUAUAUAUUCUCCUGCCUGCACGCGGAGGAGGAGGAGGAGGAUCGCAGCGUUCGUGCGCACUGGUCGCGCUCGGUGUUUGAUGGCGCGCGGGCUGCACGCGCGGGACGGCGCAAGCUGUGAGUCCGCCGCGUCCAUCGGCGGCAGGAGCCUCCGCACCUCCUCCUCCUGCACCUCCUCCUCCUCCCGCUCCCCCUGCUGCCGGCACCAUGUCGAGUGACGGCGGGCUCCCGUGGCUGGAUGCUUUCCGAACCUGCUCCGAGCCCAGGCACUCGUUUUCGGCUCCAACCCCCCCGCAGCGAUAGAGCUCCAUAUGGAAACUGGAGAUCAGAAUUUUAGGAAAAAGGAAAAUCUGCACUGUUGGUUUAUUUCUGUAGAUAUAUUUUCUUAGUUGUUUUUUUUAAUGUUGCUGUUGUUUUGCUUUGUUUGUUUGUUUUGUUUUUGUUUCUUUGGUUGCGCAUCAAAAGCCCAUUAAUGAAUUAAUUUCAGCCUCCUUCCUUCCAUCCGGUUGAUUUUUUAUAACUGGAUUUGAUGAUGUUUGCUGUCUUCUCUGAAUGUUUUGCCCUUUUUAAAGUCAGACGGCAGCAGAAUCAGGAGAACAGCUGCUCUGGAUGACUUGUAUGUGUCCCUGUUGAACUGUCAGCUCGAACCUUUACCACAAACAGGUUACCCAGCUACUUGUUUAAGGUUUUCUGGGCUGUUUUUGGUUCCGUCUUUCAGUUUGCCUUCCACGUUCUUUCGGCUCCAUCUGCAGAAGGUGCACCGGCCUGGAGCUCCUGAGGUCUUAACUUCUCCCUGUCUAAUUUUUACUCUUUUGGGAUACAAAACGUCCAAGCAGACAGGAAGUAGCAGCACAACUUCCUGUCUUGUUCUUCCCUGACAGCCGUUGUUAUUCUAUCAUUUUGGUCUUCACCCAAACACAACCAUAAGGUUCCUUCUGCAUCCUCCUCCUUCUCCGCCUUCCCUCUCCUUCCACUCGAGCCUGCCCCACUUUUUCAGUUUGGUUUGGUUACACAAAUUUUCAAAUAUUUACUUCCUGUACAUCAAGAGGAAAGGGGGUCCCCCUUUCAUGGAAUGCGGAAACAUGGGCCUGUUCGACCGUGGAGUCCAGAUGCUACUGACCACGGUGGGAGCCUUCGCGGCCUUCAGCCUCAUGACCAUCGCAGUUGGCACGGACUACUGGCUCUACUCACGGGGCGUCUGCAAGACCAAGUCCAUGAGCGAGAAUGAGACCAACAAGAAGAACGAGGAGGUGAUGACCCACUCAGGCCUGUGGAGGACAUGCUGCUUAGAAGGAAGCUACAAAGGGAUGUGUAAACACAUAGACCACUUUCCAGAUGACACAGAUUAUGAGGCGGACCCAUCGGAAUACUUUUUACGUGCGGUUCGAGCCUCUAGCAUUUUCCCCAUCCUUAGCGUCAUCCUGCUCUUCAUGGGAGGUCUAUGUAUAGCUGCCAGCGAGUUCUACAAGUCACGCCACAACAUCAUCCUCAGUGCAGGGAUCUUCUUUGUGGCUGCAGGCCUGAGCAACAUCAUCGGGAUCAUCGUGUACAUAUCAGCCAACGCGGGGGACCCUUCCAAAAGCGACUCUAAGAAGAACAGUUACUCUUACGGCUGGUCCUUCUACUUUGGGGCCCUGUCCUUCAUCAUGGCUGAGAUGGUGGGUGUCUUGGCCGUGCACAUGUUCAUCGACCGCCAUCGACAGCUGCGAACAGGGGCACGUGCAGCCGACUACCUCCAAAGCUCAGCCAUAACGCGAAUACCAAGCUACCGUUACCGCUACCGGCGCCGCUCAUGCGCUUCCUCCCGCUCCACAGACCCGUCACACUCCCGUGAUGCCUCGCCUGUGGGCCUCAAGGGCUUCAGCGCGUUGCCGUCCACAGAGAUCUCCAUGUACACAUUACCCCGGGACACCCUCAAAUCCUCUGGGACGCCAACCGCCACCUACAACUCUGAGCGGGACCACAAAUUCCUGCAAGUCCACAACUCCAUCCAGAAGGACCUGAAAGACUCGAGCCACAGCAACACAGCAAACCGCCGCACCACACCUGUAUGAGGGCAGUGAAAGCUUUACAUGUUCAGAGACAUUUGGGGUUUUUUGUUUGGUUGGUUGUUUUUUAUUCAGCUGCAUGACAUUUAGUCUUUUACAUUACCAAAGUUGAAAGAGUUUCAACACGAGUGCCCGUUUGAUGGCAGGAACGCACAAAUGGUUCGGGUCGGGCCAACAGCGAGAUCUGUCCCUUUUGCACAUGGCUUCCUGCUGCGCUUUGGAAUCUGAAAGAUGAGGACAGUUAGGAGAUAAAUAAUUGAUUUCAUGCUUUCACGGUCAUUUGUCCGACACAUUUCUGUCCGAGUUUAGUCAGAGCAACAGAUCAAACUUGGAUAUACACCUUUUUUUACUUAUGGACUCAUUUUUUUGUUGGUUUUUUCCCCAUUAAACCUGUGAAUUUUUACACUUUGGGAUUCAGUAUGAAUUUUGCCCAUAUGUAAUCUUUAAUAAAGGUACUAUAUAAAAUAUAUGUAUUACUUUUAUAAAUAAAUUAUUACAUUAAUAAUCAAUACAAACAGACUUUAAGCAAAAAAAAAAA